AUGGAGGAGGAAACGCAAGUCACCCCCACCACCAACAUUCGGCGCAUGGUCGACCUGACCCCUGAAUUGACCUGGAACUUUUCACAAGUCUUUGGUGAUCGCGUGGACCGCGAUGAAGACAUUGCUGAUGGUGCGUGCGUGCGUGCGUGCGUGUGUGUGUGCGUGCGUGCGUGCGUGCGUGCGUGCGUGCGUGCGUGUGCGUGUGUGUGUGUGUGUGUGUGUGUGUGUGUGUGCGUGCGUGCGUGUGUGUGUGUGUGGUGUGUGUGUGUGUGUGUGUGUGUGUGUGUGUGUGUGUGUGUGUGUGUGUGUGUGUGUGUGCCCGAUAUCAUCUCGGCCGUGCAGUUUAGCCAUGAUGGCGAAUACCUUGCCACCGGCGAUCGUGGCGGUCGUGUCGUUCUCUUUGAACGCAACCAAGACGACAGCAACUUUGCCGAGUACAAGUUUUACACCGAAUUUCAGAGCCACGAGGCCGAAUUCGAUUACCUAAAGUCGGUGGAGAUUGAGGAGAAGAUCAACCAGAUUGAGUGGGUUCGCCGCUGCAACUCUGCCCAUUUCCUUCUCACCACCAACGACAAGACGAUUAAGCUCUGGAAGGUCAGCGAGCGCCCCGUGCGGCUCCAAGUCGCCUCGGGCAUCAUCGGCGACAACGAGGUCAGGAUACCCAUGAUCCAUAAAACCCACGAUGUUCAGACCGAAGCACGACAAAAACUCGUGUACGGCAACGCCCACACCUACCACAUCAACUCGCUCUCACUGAACAGCGAUGACGAGACCUUCCUUUCCGCUGAUGACCUGCGCAUUAACCUCUGGAACCUGGCACUCGGUGACAACUCCUUCAACAUCCUUGAUAUCAAACCCGAGAACAUGGAAGACCUGCAAGAGGUCAUCACCUCGGCUCAGUGCCACCCCAGUGACUGCCACGUCUUCAUGUAUGGCAGCUCUCGUGGUAGCAUCAAGCUUGGCGACAUGCGUGCCGCCGCCCUCUGUGACCAACAUGCCAAACAAUUUGAAAUUCCCGUCAGUGAAUCCAGCAAGUCUUUCUUCUCGGAGAUCAUUAGCUCCGUGUCAGAUGUCAAGUUUAGCCACAAUGGCACCUACAUCCUCUCUCGUGACUACCUCACCGUCAAGAUCUGGGACGUCCGUCAAGAACGGCAGCCCGUGCAAGUCUUCCCCGUGCAUGACUACCUCAAGCCCAAGCUGUGCGACCUGUAUGAGAAUGAUGCCAUCUUUGACAAGUACGAGGCCUGCUGGUCGGGCGACGACUCGCAGGUCAUGACGGGCUCGUACAACAACUUUUUCCACGCCUUUGAGCGCGACAGUUGUCAAGAUGUUGUCUUGCAGGCAUCUCGCGAUGCCAUUGAGGGCCCCAUCCACAUCCUCAACCCUGUUCAAGUGAUUCCGGAGGAUCGUCCUGCACCCGAGCGUUUUGUGUUCCCCACAGAUCGUCUCAACUUCAACCAAAAGAUUUUGCACCUUGACUGGCAUCCCACCAUGCCCAUUAUUGCUCUUGCUGCUGUCAACAACCUCUACCUCUUUCGUCAAUAGUUGGCCUCGUUUGGCCGCCCCAAUCGCUGAGGCCAACCAUUGGGGCUGUGUGAUUGUGUAUUUGUGUGGCGCUUGAGCAACUUUUCUUACUGAAAGGUUACAUCGCACGGCGUGCGAAGCGCUCAUGAUUGUGACCGGGCAUGCAUGCUUUUUCUUUUUCUUCCUUUUUUCCUUUUUCUCACUCCCAUCUUCUUUCUCUCCUCCCUCUCUUGCUCUUUUGUGUUGCUAACCCAAUCCUUUUCUUUACUUUUUUCUUCACUUUUGAGGAGGGGGUGAGAGUUUGUUUUUGUGUUCACUUGACCCCCCUCUUUCUCUCAUUCAUUUGUUGUUAUUGACGUCUUUCUUGAUUUUGGGUGUCAUGCCCGUAUGUCGUGGCUGACGAGUUUUCAUUUAGUUUUGGUGUCGCCUAUCAUCUUGGUUUGUGUAGCAAAUCAAGAUGAGAUCCGACUUGUGAGUCAUGCUUGUUCUGUUCUGUGUAUUGUUUCUCCAACUGGAUCCUUCUUUCUCUUCAUGUAUAUUUCAGAUGCCAUCGAAAAAGAAAAAAUUCAAA